CACAAUGACGUCUAGAUUGUGUGAGCUAUCACCGUUUGAAUAAUAAUAUUUGUAUAGUUAGCUUAUUUUAUCGUCGCUCGUCAGUCGAUACUUGCAUUUGUAACGUCGCGCACUUGUUUUGAUAUAUUAUUUAAAAUGUACUGCAUUGUCGUAUCAAUCAUUGCAUUAGCGUAUAUAUUCUGGGACGUCAAUUACUUUCUAAGAGUGGCUUUCACCAUAGGAAUCGGAAGACUCUUUAAAAAAAAAUGUGGGCUUAAAGAUUCUUCUACUAUUUACGGAUUUUGCACGACACAGGACGUCGACAUAUUUCUAAGACAUAUGAACAAUGCCCGUUAUGUGCGAGAAUUAGACUUUGCCAGGUUCCACUUCUAUGACGCUACGGGAAUAUAUGCAAAUAUCAAAGCAGUUGAUGGUCAUGUAUUACAAGGAGCAUCUACUAUUCGGUAUAGAAGAACUAUACCCAUAUUUACUGCAUACAAGGUUGAGACAAAGUUGGCAUACUGGGAGGAUAAAUCUCUAUUCAUCGAACAGAAGUUUAUUACACUAAACGACGGUUUUGUUCGUGCUAUCGUGUUGUCGCGACAAAACCUUAUUAAUGUAGAUGCCGAUACACUACUGAAAAAUAUUCCUGGAGCAGAUAGUAAACCUCAGUGUCCAGAGGAAAUAAAACAUUGGCUCGAAGCUAUAGAAAUAUCCAGCGCUAAAUUGAGGAAGAAAGAUUAAUUUUUGAAAAUUAUAUGUUUACAUUUA